UUCUAGUAGUGUGUAGUGUCCUUGAGGCUCCCGAGUUCAGGCGCCCACACCACACUACCUCCUCAUCUCCCAGCUAGGACUAAGUACUGAUAGCCACAUGGCGGCGCCUGUGGAGGUCGGCACGCGGGGGACCAUCGGCUCGCUGGUGCGCCAGGAGGCCGAGUACUACAGGAUGAUGGAAGUCGUAAGCCACGGCCACGGCAAGAGCAGCAAGGCUGCAGCCAACGGAGCAAGCCCCCGUAUCAAGACGACGAAGAAGAAGGGUGCAGGUGGCGGAGGGUUCUUGCCGAGGAUGUGCUCGUCGGCGGAGGUGGCGGAGGCCGUCGGCAGCGGCCUGUGGGAGCGGCCUGCGAGGGUCCGGUACCGGCAUCUCGGGGAGGAGGGAGACUCUCUGCAUCAACACUAGGCAUGCAUGCCGAGGACAGCCAGUCAGAUCCAGAGAGAAGCGGUGUUCGUAAUGUGGCGCGUGCAUGUUCAUUCUAUUCCUUUUUCUUGAUUUGAUCAGUGUUAGGAAUUAAGAGUGUUGAAACAUGGCAAUUAGUGUCAUUUGCAACGAGUCUUGUAGAGCAUUUUAGGGUUUUAUGUGUUGAAAUA